UCAAGCCUCACUCUUUUGCAUCAAACAGUCUAGCAUUCAUCUAUUCACAUAUUCUAAUAAUUUAUUGCAUCACAUUUAGGAACACAUACUUUACCAAGAAAGAUGGAGAAAUUCCCAAUUAUCAACUUGGAAAAGCUCAAUGGAACUGAGAGAGCUGCCAUAAUGGACAAGAUUAAAGAUGCCUGUGAGAACUGGGGCUUCUUUGAGUUGGUGAACCAUGGGAUUCCACAUGAAGUAAUGGACAGAGUAGAGAAAUUAACAAAGGGACAUUACAAGAAGUGCAUGGAACAGAGAUUUAAAGAAUUGGUGGCCAGCAAAGGUCUUGAAGCUGUACAAGCUGAGGUUACUGAUCUUGAUUGGGAAAGCACUUUCUUCUUGCGCCAUCUUCCUGUUUCUAACAUUUCUCAAGUACCCGAUCUUGAUGAUGAAUACAGGGAAGUCAUGAGAGAUUUUGCUAAAAGAUUGGAGAAGUUGGCAGAGGAGUUACUGGACUUGCUAUGUGAAAAUCUUGGCCUUGAAAAGGGCUACCUGAAAAAGGUCUUCUUUGGGACAAAAGGUCCCAACUUUGGAACUAAGGUAAGCAACUAUCCACCAUGCCCCAAGCCAGAUUUGAUAAAGGGAUUGCGCGCCCACACAGAUGCUGGUGGCAUAAUUCUUCUCUUCCAAGAUGACAAAGUGAGCGGCCUCCAACUCCUCAAAGAUGGCCAAUGGAUCGAUGUUCCUCCCAUGCGCCACUCUAUUGUGGUUAACCUUGGCGACCAACUUGAGGUGAUCACCAAUGGGAAAUACAAAAGCGUGAUGCACAGAGUGAUUGCACAAACAGACGGGACUCGGAUGUCACUAGCCUCGUUUUACAAUCCAGGAAAUGAUGCAGUGAUCUAUCCAGCACCAGCUCUAGUUGAGAAAGAGGCAGAGGAAAGCGAAACAGUUUAUCCGAGGUUCGUGUUUGAUGAUUAUAUGAAGUUAUAUGCUGGACUCAAGUUUCAAGCCAAAGAGCCAAGAUUUGAAGCUAUGAAGGCCAUGGAAUCUGCUGUGGAAAGUGAUCCACUUGCAAUUGCUUAAAUUCUAAUUCAAGAGAAAGGAUGGAAUUUGAAAAGAAAAUGUCUUAUUCUUGAAGUUUUACAAAUCUAGCUGAACACAUUAUUUGCUUCUUUAGUAUCGUAGAAUUAUACAAAGGGGUUGUCUCUGCUGCAUACAGUAGAAAGAGUGUGUAUCUCAAAAUAAACUGAUAAAUCAAAGCUACUUUCUGGAGAAAUCUUUAUACAAACAAUAAGAAGUGUCACGUUUCCUUUUCUUGAAA